AUGGCCGCCCAAGCGCAGCGCAAAACGAAGGUGCUGAGCCGCCGCGAUAUCGAAGGCCUCAUCGCCGAAGGACGCAAUAUUGUGAUCGUGGACAAUAAGGUGUUGAAGGUCGAUGCAUGGCUGCCAUAUCACCCAGGCGGUGACAAGUCCAUCAGGCACAUGGUUGGCCGUGAUGCCACCGACGAAGUUCACCGCUUCCACUCUGCGCAGACGCUCGAACUCACCAAUCGCUACCAAAUUGGCCGUAUCGAGGGACGAUGGCUCAACUUUGUGCCGCCAAUUCAGGGAGGAAAGUUCAGAACAAGGGAAGAACUGAACAAACUAUCCGAGGCGGAAUAUGCGGAAUCAUGUUCUUCUGAGCAGGAGUCUGUCAGCUCCUCCUCUUCGGCAGCGCAAAGCCCGGUGUUUGAACCAGCAGACCCGCCCGCUUCGUCCCUUCGCAAGCGCAAUGCCACCACCGUCCCACGGUCUCCUUCGUCUUCGUCCGUGUCAUCGAUAGAAUUGGAGCCCAUUGCAGCUACUAAGAUGUCUGUGUUGGAUGCGCGAACGCAAAAAGAGUUGGAUUUUGACAAAGCGAAGUACCCUUCCUUAGACCCGGAGAGCCAGGAUAAUAUCGUUCGGAAAUACCGGCAGCUGCAAGACCGCAUAGAGGCUGAGGGCCUGUAUCGCUGCAACUACUGGUCAGGAUAUGGCGUGGAGUGCAUCCGCUAUUCCAUCGCCAUCGCCCUGUUCAUUCUAUGCUUGCGAUCAGGGUGGUACAUCACCGCAGCCUUCCCAAUCGGCUUCUUGUGGCACCAGCUUGCCUUCGUAGUCCACGACUCUGCUCACAUGGGCGUCACACACAACUAUUACUUCGACUCUGUCCUUGCUAUGUUCAUCGCCAACUACUGCGGUGGUCUAAGCGCAUGCUGGUGGAAACAAAACCACAACGUACACCACCUCGUAACGAACUCGCCCGAGCACGAUCCCGAUAUCGAAUACCUUCCCUUCUUCGCCAUCACCCACCGGUUCUUUGAGGAUCUCACAUCCAGCUACUAUGAGUUUUCCAUGAAGUACGACGCAAUCGCCAAGUUCAUGGUUCUCUAUCAGCACUUCACAUACUAUCCAAUCAUGAUGGUCGCGCGUUUCAACCUCUAUAGACUGGGCUGGACAUACAUCCUCCUCAACCAAGGCCCCAAGAAAGGCCAGGCAUGGUGGUUCCGCUACUUCGAACUCGUGGGUCAAAUCUUCUUCUGGACCUGGUACGGAUACUUCGUAGUCUACAAAACGAUCCCCGGGAAUUGGACCCGCUUCGCGUUCGUCAUGAUCAGCCACGCCAUCACCGCGCCUCUGCACGUGCAAAUCACGCUCUCUCACUUCGCAAUGAGCACCACGGACAUGGGUGUCACGGAGUCGUUUCCCCAGAAGAUGCUACGAACGACCAUGGACGUCGACUGCCCGCAGUGGCUCGACUUCUUCCACGGCGGCCUCCAGUUCCAAGCUAUUCACCACCUGUACCCUAGGAUUCCGCGCCACAACCUGCGCCGUACGCAGAAGCUGGUGCAGGAGUUUUGCAACGAGGUGGAUAUACCGUAUGCGUUGUAUGGCUUCGUGGACGGCAACAAACGUGUAAUUGGGAAGAUGGCUGACGUCGCGAGGCAAGCUGCCAUUCUCGCGGAGUGCCAGCGCACGAUCGUAGCUGGAGAGGUCGCGCACUAA